GUCAUUUCAAGUAAAAUACAAACAAAUUGCUGAAAAAUAUUUUUCGUAAAUUAGUAAAAAUGGGUUUGUUUGGAAAAUCGCCCGAAAGAAAUCCUAAAGAAAUGGUAAAUGAAUGGUCUCACAAGCUGAGAAAGGAAGGAUAUAAUUUGGACAGACAAAUACGAGCAAUACAAAGAGAGGAGGAAAAAAUAAAGAGGUCCCUCAAGGAAGCCGCCACCAAGAAUGACAAGCAAGUGUGUACAAUAUUGGCCAAAGAAAUCAUCAGGUCGCGGAAAGCCGUCAGCAAAAUAUACACAAGCAAAGCCCACCUCAACUCUGUACAGAUGCAGAUGAAAAACCAAUUAGCCACUCUGAGGGUAGCGGGUUCAUUGCAGAAAUCAACAGAGGUGAUGCAAGCGAUGCAGCAGCUCCUCCGCCUGCCAGAGAUUGCACACACGAUGCAGGAGCUCAGCAAGGAGAUGAUGAAGGCGGGUAUCAUCGAAGAGAUGCUGGACGAGACCAUGUCCGGCAUGGAGGAUGAGGAGGAGAUGGAGGAAGCGGCGCAGACUGAGGUGGAUAAGGUGCUCUGGGAGUUAACACAGGGCAAGCUGGGCGAAGCGCCCGCGCCGCCGACCGCCGCUGCCGCCGCCGCCGCCAGCGUGGAGCCCGAGAGAGAGGAGCAGCCCGACGAGGGCGAGUUGGACGAGAUGCAGUCGCGGCUGGAGGCGCUGCGGUCGUAGAUAAAAGUUCGACGUAAAGAUUAUACGAAGACAAGAAACAAUAUAGUGAGAUGCGCCACUGCAUUUAUAGAGUAUCGAAGCAGGCUUCCGCGUUUAAUUGUUAUGAAAUAAAAUGAAAGCAAUGAAAUAAUGUACAGGCUUACAAGGCACAAUGUGAUAAAAACCUCAAUUUUGUCUCACCGCGUUUUUCUCUCAAUAUACUAUAGUCAGGGCCCGAUCUAGGGGGGUGGAAACCGGGCAAUUGCCCGGGGCGGCAAAAAUGAGGAGCGGCAAAUUGAGAGCGGCGCGGUGCGGUGUCGGUGGCCUUCGUACGCGAAUCCAACUCGCACUUGGCCGGUUUUGGGGCGGCAAUUAUUAUUUUGCCCGGAGCGGCGAAAUAGCUGGAUCGGGCGCUGACUAUAGUUGAUAGCUAUAUAAACAUUAGUAAAACUCCGAGAUCGAUAUUCUGAUGGUGGAUGGUUUGGAACGUCAAUGGCAUUUCCUUGGGGGCUGUCACUCGAAGUGUGUGUUCCGAAAUAUAGGUAACCAAGUCUACCGGCUAGUAAACUGUAAAGUUGUGAUGACGUCAUCAAACGACGCCAUUUGACACUUUAAAAAUAUUUUUCAGACUCCUUCCUGGCUACCUCUUGGCUCAAUGGCUAAUGACAUCAUUGGAACGAAUUAACACGUUCCAAUCAUGUCAUUAUUGAGCCAAGAGGUAGCCAGGAAGGAGUGAUAUUUUUAAAAUGUCAAUUUACAAUAUGGCGGCGUUAAUUCCGAUAUUUGUCACACUCUUAUUUAUUUAUUUUAUCAAAUUGGAAAAACUUACGGCAUAUAACAAUUAAUAAGUCUAGAAAUAAUACAUAUUAAAAUAUCGCUAACAUGCCAAUAAUAAGUUUUUGCUGUUGUGUAGUUAAAGCUAAAAUUAACAUUUCAAACAAAAUAACAUCCCUGUAAGUCUGUAAUUCAUAAUUACGUUUUCCUUUAGUCUUCUCGUGCACAGAUAUUUUCCAAACAGCUUUUAAGCUAAUUUCAAAUUAUAAGAAAAAACAUAUUUAUUUUAGUAGGUUAGGUUUCUUGUAGCUUUCGCACUUUUAUAGAAUCAGAAAUAGUAUAGAAUCUUUCAAUUGUUUUAUUUAUGUAAUUUUAUAUAAGUAAAUUUUGUCUUCUCUGUCUGUAGUUCAAGUUUUGUGAAUUUGUUUACUGAAGUAACAACUGCCUUGGGGGCGACUAACCCAAAAUUUUCGAUUUUAUAAUUCAUUUUUAGGGUUC